AUGGAUUCUGCGGUCCACCAGGAGCCAGCCGCUGGAUCAACCCGGCUGGAUUCUAGCUUCGUCGCUCCUCCUGCGAGAAAUCUUGAGCAAUAUGUUCAAGUAUCGCCUCCUUCGUCGUCCUCCUCCAGUAAUAUAGACCUCGUCUCGCCGAUGUCAUCCCGGUCCAUUUCUCAACCUCCACCGCUCGUAUACCCGAACGGCGUCCCGCAAUCUUAUCUUCCUGCAUCACUUCCGGCCUCUUUGUAUCCGAUCCAUGCCGAUUUUACGAGACAAGGGUAUAAUGGCGUAUUUCCGAAUGGUUCUGCGCCGCACGACAGUUAUACCUCGCACAGGUCUAGCUCAAACAAAGAACGGCCAGCACCUAUGCCCAUCAUCGUAGCUACGCCUAUACAUUCUCCGUCAUCCUCGCGUCAAGAGCAUGGAUGGCCGGUACUGUCUCGCAUUCCUUCUCGUGUGCAAACUGACUAUUCGAGUGUGGCAACCAGUCUCCUUGGAUGGGGAAAUGCGCAUGCAUCUCCCGUACCUGUGCAAGCUCCAACGGCAAACUACUGGGGUAUGGGUGACUCGGUUUCACUCUCUUAUGGCACGCAUGGGAUAUAUCCCGGUUACAUCGAUGCACGCCCGUCUCAGCGCUCUCAUCCACCGAGCAUGGUUUCAGAGACCAGCAUCGACGGCUCGAGUCCCACUGUCUUAGAACCAACGCCAACUGCCCCAGAGGCUGUACUUUCCAAAGAAUUGUUAGUCAGUGGAGAAGCUUCCAAAUUGCCUGCACCUGAGCCGGUAUCGGACGCAGACGAGAGCUCCACUGAACCAAAAAUAAUCCAGAAUGGACAUAGCACCGACUUUGUGGGACCUGUUCGAAAGCAAGUACAUCAGGAUGACCCUAGACAACCACAAUCGCUUCGACAGUAUAGCUCUCCUUAUCCUCAUUACUCGCCACAACGGGCACAGGUGACACCAAAUCGACAUUCUAUAGGUGUAUAUGGAGUAGCCACACCCAUCAGCCGUACAGCUCCCGCAUUCUACGUUCGGCGACGUAACGGGGUGUCUAGCGCGGAUGUGGUGCCGAGAGAAGCACCUGAAGAAGGAGGUGCUAACGCCGUCAUCUCCAGGCGCAAACCCUUACCAAAGAUUUACGAGUGCUCCGACCCUUCGUGCAGGAAGAAAUUCGACAGACCUAGUACUCUCAAAGUACACAAAGCCCUCUCUCCCCCCUUCGCCACCUGUUGGUUCAUCUGCGUCCCUCCUAGCGCAACGCUCGUCUCUGUGGUUAAUGUACACUCGCCCAAGGAUAACGCUGAGCACGCUGGGCAACCCAUGGAACCCACUGUCCAGAACCACUCGGCCACGAAGAGCGCGGAUGGUACAAACUCCACGCCAGUCCCUCUCAUCGCCCCAGCACCAGCUCAUGCAGUCAUGACUAUGGCACAGCAAGGUGUCGGGAUGUCCCUUGCAAGCACUUCCGGCUCCCCUUUGGUUUCGAUUCACCCUCAGCCCACUCAUCAUAUCUUGUCGUACCCAUUCCGACAUCAGCAGUUCGUUGUACAGAAUCCUCAGAUGACGCACCCGUCCGUGUCCUUACCAGUACCUGCGGCAUCUACCUCGAGCUCUGGACUUCAGCUGACGGUCAAAGGCCAAAAGGCACCAAUGAUCAUUGGAGCAAUGUUCAGCGCGCACCAGAAUGUGCCCAAUUCCAUCUCUCACCUCACUUUGGUGCUCCUGGAAUGCGACGUCCCUCUCCCACCAGCUCGUGCGCAUUCAAAGUACACACACCUUCACCAAAACCUCAUCGCGCUGCCUUCUGUCUCUGCGUUCCACGGCGCAUUUGGGGCUAACGUGACCUCGUACGUCCAGACGACACCUUUGACGACGCGGGUGUAUGCUUCCUUAACAGUAAGAGUCUCCAAGUAUGCAUCCGCUUUCGAUACGCCUGCCGUGAAGUUUCCGGAUGGCAAUGAUGACGGCCAGACGCAACCACUCGAAGGCGGCGAGUUGGGAGGGACACGGGAGGAAGAAAAUGCGGUAACGAAGGAAGGGGAAGACAGAUUGGUCGAAAUGGAUAGGAGCAUGCGCACGACCAGGCUUCUCCCACUCCCAAAUGACCUAUUCGAGGAACGCGACUCGCUUAUACCACGUUCACGAUACUGCUAUCACCCCGCAGAGUACGACGAGAUGACAGUCUUGCCUGGUCCGGGGCUUGCACCGAUUCCGUAUGGCAUGGACGCGGGCACUCGGUGA